AUGCUAGUCAAUACCUAUAUUCAAUAUAUCAAGUCUGAUAGAUUUAUUGAACUUGGCUUUACGUCUUCACAACCCCUUCUAAGGCCAAAGCAUUGGUUUCAAUUUGCCGACGAUGCGGCUAUUACAUCUGGUGAGGAGUACGAAGCUCAAAUUCUACUGAACGCUUUUACUGCUUGGAGCUCAUGGGCCAAGAUGACUUUGCGGAUUGAUAAGUGUAAUACUUUUGGAGUUUCUAAAUUGAACUCUACAAGCUCCCAAUUCCUUCCAAAAUUAUAUCUAAAUCAGUAUAUGAUUCCUACAGUAAAGCGUAAUGAAAGUUUCUGUUAUCUUGGUUGUUACUAUAAUUUUGCUAUGGAUAAUUCUGAUCACAAACGUUUGCUGUUCGAGGAGACUGAGGAAAUUCUGGGAAAAAUUAAUCGACUUGCAUUACACCCGAAGUUUAAGUUACAAUUGUAUAUGAAAUAUUUGUUACCUAAAAUCUCCUGGCAUGUGACAAUUGCGGACAUCGAUAAAACCUGGGUACGACAAACAUUAGGUAUCAUGUGUCACAACAAAUUCCGUGAAUGGCUUGAAAUACCUCCCUGUGGUACUUUAGAUAUUUUACUUCUUGCUAAAUCCAAAUUUGGUCUGAACAUAAUUGAUAUAUCGGUGAAAUUCACACAAUGUCAAGUUAUUUUAAGAAGCAAGUUGAAAAACUCAAGUUCACCUGACAUUCGGCAAGUGUACCAAGCCAGUAGUACAAAUACUAAUGUUCAGUACGAUCGUUAUCUCAAGCCGAAAGAAGUUAUUCAAGAAAUCCGGGCAGAAAAAGUUGCAAACAUCACAUAUAAUUUAACUUCACAAAGUUUAAUUAUAAAAUCGCUUUGGAAUGAGGCCUUUCCUGAGAUGGUUAAAGAUUGGCAUGCUACUAUAGACAAACUACCCAAGAACAUUUACAACUUUGUCACGAGAUAUUUGAAUAACACAUUGCCUACUUUAAAGAACAUGCUUCUCUGGAAUAAACAUCUAGCAAUUUUGCAAGGCGUGCUCAAACGUGCAAACCUUACAACAUGUCGUGUCCUCUUGUAAGAUCCAUCUGGACGAACAACUAUACACUUGGCGUCACAACUCGAUUCCUAAACAUCUUGUCGAGUAUUUAUCGAGCGUUAAGAAAGAUCUACGCUUCUACGCUGAUGUCGAAGGCUUCGAAAAUCCAUCAGUUGUAACUGGAUUUGAUGACCGACCAGAUAUGAUCAUUGAGAACUACACCAAUCAAGCAAUUUACGUAAUUGAAUUGACUGUUGGAUUUGAGACUAACAUUACUAAAAAUUGUGUUAGGAAAACAACACGCUAUAGGAAUCUUUGUAAUGCUUUGAAGCAAGGAUAUAAUACCGUUGAGUAUCUGAUUUUAUCGAUUGGGGCUAUUGGUGUAAUUGGAAUGGAGUGUAAAAAGAUUUAUGGUUUUUUAGAGAAUGUAAUGAGCUUAGACAUAUUUCAAAGAAACUUUUUAAUUAGAAAACUAUUAGUCUAGGACCUGUAUAUGAGUUUGUAUGCAUUUCAUUUAGGACAGAUAAUCUCAACUGUUUUAGGGUAAGUUGACCACGCCGGUCAACAUGGUAACGCUGCCCGAACCCCAAUCCGGGGCGAAACGUCCGAAACUGACCACACCCAAAAACGACGCUUUCGCCAUACUGCUAUCUACCAAACCAUAAAAAACUUUGGCUAUUCUGAGGUGCUUAUAUGGUUCAGAGAUGGUACUUUUGGGGGUGGUCAUUGGUAAGUGUGAAAUGCCAAGCACUAAUAUUUCACAAGAAAAUGGUCAUGCAAUAAUCAUAGUUAAACGUCAAUUUGUGGCUUGCAAAUUCAGAUAAACAGCAGUGGACUUACAUUACCUUUUUCCCUAAAUCUUUUUGAUAGAAACAUAAAUGGUACUUAUUUAAAUAUAUUAUCACUGGUUUGGUGUAAAAUAGUUAAUAUUUUCUGACCGAAAUAAUAAUUCGAAAUGUGCCUACCUCCUGCAAAUGGACGCAUUUGGCCAAGUUCUCCACUUUACUCCGCUGUUUAUCGGCGAUCUCGUCGACAUCCUACAAAAAUGUAAAUCAUCUCAGACAUAAUGGUAUCAAGAACAUUUUAAACAAGUUUUAACUUGGUUUCAAGUAGAUCAUACCUGUUUAACCAUCGACAAGGUAAAUCCACAACUUUGUCCAAAUUCGGCGCCAUUUUGUCAUCCCAUGUCGCUUGUUAACAAUUCAGCCUUUUUACUCUUCCAUCCAAGCCAUUUCCAUUCCACUAAUAAUAAAUUUAACCCUUUAUAACAGGAGGAAACUAAAAAAUCUAAACAAAAUAUAAGAAAUACGCCAUUUUAUCACCAUGUAAAAUUUUGCUCACGAGUUUUUCAAAACAUUCCGUACAAAUAUCGCGUGACAAAGUAACAGGGACGUGACAGGAGGGGGUGAAUUAUUUCACGAAGAUAGAAGAAGGCUGCGUGAAAUAGACUAAAAGCUAAAUACAAUCAUACAAAUGUUUGUUUUAUUUCUUGUAGCAACAAAUAUAUACAUAUUAUUAUUUAUUAAUAUGAAAAAGUCAUACAAAUUAAAUGUUGAUUGUUGGUUUUACCAUACUGUGUGGGCUUUCCUUUCAUUUUUCAAGUCUCUACCCCCCUGUCACGUCCCUGUUGCUAAACCACGCGAGAUUUGUACGGAAUGUUUUGAAAGACUCGUGAGCAAAAUUUUACAUGGUGAUAAAAUGGCGUAUUUCUUAUAUUUUGUUUAGAUUUUUUAGUUUCCUACCGUUAUAAAGGGUUAAAUUUAUUAUUAGUGGAAUGGAAAUGGCUUGGAUGGAAGAGUAACAAGGCUGAAUUGUUAACAAGCGACAUGGGAAGACAAAAUGGCGAUGAAUUUGGACAAAGUUGUGGAUUUACCUUGUCGAUGGUUAAACAGGUAUGAUCUACUUGAAACCAAGUUGAAACUUGUUUAAAAUGUUCUGGAUACCAUUAUAUCUGAGAUGAUUUACAUUUUUUGUAGGAUGUCGACGAGAUCGCCGAUAAACAGCGGAGUAAAGUGGAGAACUUGGCCAAAUACGUCCAUUUGCAGGAGGUAGGCACAUUUCGAAUUAUUAUUUCGGUCAGAAAAUAUUAACUAUUUUACACCAAACCAGUGAUAACAUAUUUAAAUAAGUACCAUUUAUGUUUCUAUCAAAAAGAUUUAGGGAAAAAGGUAAUGUAAGUCCACUGCUGUUUAUCUGAAUUUGCAAGCCACAAAUUGACAUUUAACUAUGAUUAUUGCAUGGCCAUUUUCUUGUGAAAUAUUAGUGCUUGGUAUUUCACACUUACCAAUGACCACCCCCAAAAGUACCAUCUCUGAACCAUAUAAGCACUUCAGAAUAGCCAAAGUUUAUAUGGUUUGGUAGAUAGAAGUAUGGCGAAAGCGUCGUUUUUGGGUGUGGUCAGUUUCGGACGUUUCGCCCCGGAUUGGGAUUCGGGCAGCGUUACCAUGUUGACCGUCAUGGUCAACUUACCCUAAAACAGUUGAGAUUAUCUGUCCUAAAUGAAAUGCAUACAAACUCAUAUACAGGUCCUAGACUAUAUGUGGAGUUUGCAUUCGGACUACGAGAGACAGGGAAUGGAAUAACCUAUAACUUUUAUAUUGGUAAUCUUGACUUUUAUCACCAUAUUGUAAAUACUUUUAACUCUCUGGACCAUAAAAGCAUCCUGGAUGCCUACAUAUUGUAGUGAGUGCUGGUUGCUUGUUUUAAUUAUGUAAAAUCUCUAUUUAAUAAUAAAUGUUUCCAUUAUUAUUAUUAUUAUUCAGCAUUGAGCAGAACAGCAUUGUUUAUACGCCCUCUGUACAUGUUGUUCGUUUUAUCGCUAUUUCCUUACUUGAACCACAAUUUAUUAAUCAAAAAUAUUAUAACUACCGGAUUUACUAGGAUAUAAAUCAUGAUUCGUUCAAGUCUUGUUGCUAUGUUGGCCAUUUGCGCUGUUUGCUCGUUCUGUGGCUAGAGUUCGUUACACUCGGCCGCCAUUCUUGGCGUUGUAAACAACAGUUGAAUCAAAAUCUUCCUGGCAACACAGUUAACCAGAUGCCGGUUAUACAUUCUGCUGUUAGGAUCUCGAAUACUGAUGAGGUGAAAUGCUAUUGUGGUAAAUCACGCAAAGGAACACGGGGUCUUAAAAUGCAUUAACGUAGUUGUCGUGUAAUACACGGAGUAACUGACGAACGCUUACGGACCUUGAACAACAAUCUACUGAGAACUCUACCGAUAGUAUUAAUACUUCUACUGUUGAGGAGAACGAUGCCAUGGCAAACGACGCAAGUAAUCAGAAUUUCCCAGUGUUAAAGAAAGGAAUAAAUCUCCCCCAAAACGACGCAGAAUGGUCAACGGCCAAUAACUAUUUCAGAUUUGCCCUCGAAUUAGAUGCACCAAUCAGAGCUCAAGAUCAAAGCUCUAGCAUCUUGCAAUUAAAUAAUGUGGUCUACAAUUAUUUUGCUGAUAACUUGGGUCAUGCCGAAAAGAUUCCGGAUAAAGCACUGGUGGAUAAGUACAGAGACCAAACAGUAAAGGAGUUGAAGAAGUCUCUGAAAAAGCUAAAACUUUCAAACGCCGAACCUCAUGAAAUUAAAUACGUGUCUCGCACAUUGCGUGAGAAAUUGCGUAAUGCCAGUCAAAACAAUCUCGAUGACCAGACAACUCAAAACCACAAUGAGGUAUUUAAUCACGACAAUUACAUUGGCAGAAACUUUUGGGGCUACGUUAAAACAUUUUGAAUAAGAACACUUCCCCACUUCCCACAUUUUCGAUGAUAGAAUGCCUGACAUAUUUCAAGAGAACUCUAAGCGCAAUUAACACACAUAAACUAUUCUGUAUUCCCAGCUGGAUUCCAAACUUAUCCGAACCCGUCAUCAAUUUUGAUCUUGAGCCCCCAACAUAUCGCCAAGUUCCAAAUAUAAUUCGCCGAAUGAAAGGAAGUGCCUCACCUUGCACGCUCGAUCAACUUUCAAUAACUUGCUUUAAACGAUGUCCAUUUCUUCGUACGUACUUAACAGAAGUAAUACGUAGCGUUUGAUCUUCAAAAUCUGUACCUGCCGAAUGGAAAAAAGUAUGCUCUGUACUUAUUUACAAAAAGGGCAAUACAAAUGAUCCUUCCAAUUUCCGUGCUAUUACUCUGGAAUCCAUACCCUUAAAAGUGUUUACCUCAUAUCUUCGCAACGCCAUGUUCUCCUUUCUAACGGCCAAUCAUUUCAUUGAACAAAAGAUUCAGAAAGGCUUCACUCCCAAUUUGUCUCGCACUUUGGAACACACAGCUCAAAUGACAAACAUCAUCAACCAAGCGAGAAUAAAACAACGCUCUGUUGUCAUCACCCUUCCUGACCUUAAUAACGCCUUUGGUGAAGUGCAUCAUAAUCUCAUUCAAUCUGUCCUCGAUUACCAUCACAUCCCCAAACAGAUUAACGAAAUUAUCAAGAGCUUGUAUACUGACUUCAACACCACAAUUAUGACUGCCGAAUUCUCUACCCCAUUCGUAACUGUUGGCCGAGGUGUACUUCAAGGAGACUGUCUUAGUCCUUUACUUUUCAAUAUGUGUUUCAACACAUUUAUUCAACACAUUAAAGCUGAUAAAUACCGCCAAUUUGGUUUCAUGACCAAAUUUUUAAAUCCAAUUCAUUGGUUCCAGUUUCCUGACGAUGCAGCCGUUAUAAGCGGCCAAGAGAGCGAAAAUCAGCACCUUUUAAAUCGCUUCUCAAUCUGGUGUCAAUGGUCAAACAUGAUUACUCGAGUCAACAAAUGUAGUACAUUUGGCAUUAAGAAAAGUCUGACAAAAUCAGUCCAGUACCUACCAAGACUCCUCAUUGACAAUAAAUUAAUACCUGCCACUAAAAUAGGAGAAUCUUUCCGAUACUUAGGGAAAUAUUUUGAUUUCAAUAUGUCCGACAAAGAUCACAAACAAGAACUAAUCGCCCUCCUUGAAGAUAUCAUGUCAGAAAUUGACCUCAAACCGCUACACCCAAAGAACAAAAUUCUACUCUAUAGUCGUUAUCUCCUAUCGAAAUUCUCCUGGCAUUUUACUGUCGCUAAUUUAUCAAAAACUUGGGUUUCUGAAAACAUGGACUCAGUAGUCAAUAAAUUCGUACGGAAAUGGCUUGAAAUACCCGUAUCCGGAACUUUAAGUAAUGUCUACCUCGCAAGUAAUAAAUUUGGACUAAAUAUAUACCCUCCAUCCGUCAAGUUCACUCAGUGCCAAACAGUCUCUCGUAAAGCCUUAAAAACCUCUCCAAACGAUUGUAUAAGAAAUUUAUGUAAAUCAACUUGCGACAAUACUAACAUACAGUACGACGUCUACGCCUCAACAGAGGAAGUUCUUAAAAGUUUCAAAUCUGCACAAGAGGACAAGCUUCAAAAUCAUCUGCUUCUCCAAGGCUCCUUUUUUCUCCAACAUCACCAAGUUCUCGUUGUCUACACUAAACAACCUAUGGUCCAAAUCUCAAUCCAGCUUGCCAAAAAACAUAUAUAA